AUGCCGCCACCGGAGACCACCGUCUGGGCGAUCAACUCUAAGGUGCAGCAUUAUUAUUCCGAAUCAGAGAGGAUGGAAGGUACCGGUAGUUGGGAUUCGCUUCUAAAUGGACCAAAAUCGAAUCGCAGCCGGUUUCAGCGUCAGCAUCUUUCGCGAAUUAGGGUUGCUUGCUGGAAUCGGAGAAGGUCGUCGUCGAGGAAUGUCUUCAGAGUUGGUCAAAGUCAUUGUUUUUUCAUUCGAAUUUUCUUCCAAUAUCCGGAUAUUGUUGUUGAGACUUGGGUUAUGGAGUUGUCCUUGUUAGCACAUAUGCGGCAUGAACCCUGCUGGUGA